AGAAAAUCGGUUUCCAAAUUUUCGGUGCCGCUGCCACCCGCCGUCCGACUGCCAUCAGCCUCCUCCUUCAGUUCGCAGUUGUGUCCGGUUGACAGUUUGGUGAUAGCUGUUGAUUUUUGAUAUCUUCCGUUCAUAUUUCCCUUUUUUAUUGCGGUUCUGCUCUACAACAAAUAUGCGAGGGAGGAGUGCUAGUGGGACAGGCCGGACUCGGCCCCCCACACUAGCGGUUGUUGAGGAGGAGGACGACCAGACAGCACCUCCAGAGGUGGCUGAGGCGCAAGAGGGUGUGCAGCCAGCUCCAGCACCUCGUAGACCUCGAGCUCGGUGCCAGCCUGUUGAGGGGGAAGUAUUGGAUGCCACUGGCAGAAUCCGAGUCAUCCCCAACGCACAGAGGACCAGGUUGCUCGAUACCAGCACGGUAUCUAGAGAGUUGCGGGAAAUCUUCCAGAGUCAGUGGUGGGCAGUAGGCACCGCUUGGAGGUUUUUGCUUGAGGACGCUGUUUCUUUUUACAUCGAGGAGUUUAAGGAGGACGAAUUCGAGGAACGAGUCAUCCGAAGUACUUUCGAGAAGCAUGCUGCGAACUGGUAUUCUGACAGGUUGUCCACCUACAAGAAUUCUCGUGAGAGAGACGUGUCUAUUACAGACGACGUGUGGCAGGCCUGA